CUUUUUCUACUGUAUCAUUCCAUUUCUGCUGUCUGUUUGUACUUACGUGCCAUGCUCUACAUGUCACUUUUGCCUAUGUCCCACUCCACGACAUGUAGCAACCUUCACCACAGAACCAAUUCAGAUUGCAGACAACAUCCUCCGAGUCAAGAGUCUUUCGCUGCUAUGUUUACCUCCAAGAUGCGGACAGCUGCGCUCUAGACGGACAGGUUCGAUGCGACACCGUCAAAUGCAAGAAACCUAAUAUCAUUUGCGUAGUACACGUGUUUUUCAUCCUCAACAGGCGUGCUCUUCCAGAUGUAUUCAUGGAAGCCCCUCUCUCCAUAUACACUCGAUCACCGGCGUUUAAUAACUGGGAUAUGGAUCGAUGGCUGGCGAGAAGAAGUCGGACUCUCGGUGUUCUAGCCUGUCGUCUUCAGUGCCAUUCAGCUCCACCCCUCAUGAUCAGAUCUGCGGCAUAGAGCAGAAAUAGUCAGGCAUUGGGUACGAUUGUUUGCAAUAGCUUCGACAUCAGACCUAAGCUAAACGACAGACCCCGUCGGAGAGAAAUGUCUUUAAUACUUCUUCUUUCUCACAUCGCUUCCCGACAACCCGAUACCUCAGCUUCAGAACCCUCAAUAUGCGAUGAUACUCGUACCACAGCAGAAAUCAUUUGGACCUGCCUAUCCGUGAUCUUUCUCUGCGCCUGGACGUCCGUUCACCCCAAUGUCCCAAACCUAUGCCGCUCGCAACACUGGGCUCUCGUGUUCUGGGAUGAGGCAAAGAUCACAUUCGUCGCUCUCAUUGCUCCGGAGCUUAUGGUUCUCUGGUCGAUUCGUCAAUGGUUGGCUGCUCGGAAAAUGGCGAAAGGUUACAGAGUGUACGGUUGGACGAAAACACAUGCAUUCUUCGCUCUCAUGGGGGGAUUCGCAUUUUACGACGCCAACGGAAAGUUCCUCUAUCACCUGUGGGACCCUCGAUUUUCUCAGCACUUCGACCGUGACCGUAAUGGAGAAGGCAGGCAGAAAGGGAAGCUCGACGAAUUGAGCGUUUCCUCCCAAACCGAGACAUCUUGCUUGCUCGAAUGUUGUGCGGCCAACAGUCUGAUAAACAUAACCGAGGAGGAUAUCUCGAAACUCAGUUCCAUGGAUACCAUUGGCAAGCUUGCCACGAUCAUCCAAACACUGUCCUUUAUUGCCAGUUGCAUAGCGCGAGGGGUUAAAGGGCUUGCUAUCACAGAGUUGGAAUUUCUUGCUCUUGGUUCUGCGGCUCUCAACCUCGUGAGCUACUCUUUCUGGUGGAAUAAACCUUACCGAGUCCGAUUUCCUGUUCACGUUCAAGUUGCCGACAAAUUUAUACCUCGCCCUCAGGCGGAACCAGCUCAGCAGGCGGGAUCAACCUACAGCUUGAUCACACGUCCUAUCAUCACCCUCAAAGCAUGGAUCCUGGAAGUAUCCGAUGCAUUCGCGUGCAGGAUCGAGAAGGAUUACUGUGAUCCAUCCAGUCAUGAACCAGUAUCGCUGUGCUUCUGCCUAACGCUACCACUACUGGCUGUUACAAGGCUGUUCACCUACGCCUUCAACGGUGACGCAGCUGAGGCCCCGCAACCGGAAUGCGGAAACAUUUUCUCAGCCAGCACCUUCGAGGAGGCCAGAUCACCACUCACCUACGCUCUAACCUACUCCAGUGCUGUUUUACUCGGCGUCUUCCACUGUAUCCCCAUCAUGCUCAAUUACCGCGACUUUUCCGGCCAUAUUAAGGACCACCAUCUUUGGACCGUUUUCGCACUAAUAAUGACCAGUCUGCCGUUGGUAGUUGGAUUCGUGCAUGUGUUCAAUAUUCUCAGGGCGACUGACCGGCGGACAGAAGGCUCCAUCCCUAUGAAGGGGUUCCUCGUUCUUAUGUUCGUUCUGUCCUAUUCGACAACACGUAUUGCGUUGAUGAUACUGGCGGCUAAGCAAUUGGUAGAUCUCCCGCCCUCCGCGUUGCAGAAAGCCGAGUGGACAGACCUGAUUCCUCACUUGGACAUCUGAACGGGAGGUCCAGGAUAUUUUGAGCUACUACCUUGGAUCUGGAGCACCAGUUUCCUUUUCCUUAGGACGUGAUAAGGACCCCAGAGUCCACGUCUUUGACCUGAUAACCCAUCCCUGGUUUCGGCGAGUGUAUGAUAUCUAUUUUCAUAUCUGUAGAUUGUUUGUCAUAUGCAUCCUUACUUUCCUCUACAUCCAUGUUAUAGGUCCUGCUGCUGAUACUUAAUUGAUGCUGUUAACGCCAG